AUGCAUCACGCCAACAGAUGCAUGCUAGAAAAGAGGCACCGGUUUUGCAUCCUCUCCAACCACUGGGACACCCUCAGCUUCUGCAGAAGAAGAGACGGCAAGAUGAAGGUUCUGCUGCUCAGCACGGUCCUUGGUCUGCUUUAUGCAGGCCUAGAUGCGGGUCAAAACGAAGUUAAAAUUCUUUACUUAUCAUAUAACGCUAUAAUAGGAUAUGUUCACAAUGUGGCUGAAGAUGGAAAAGAGACAGACUUGGUUGGGAUAAUCGGCAAACGUGACAAGAUUUCAGACACAGACUAUCAGAAGUUCAAAAAGGAGACGACUGAUAGAGGGAUUCCAGAAGAAAAUAUUGUGAAUUUCAUUGAUAAUGGCACAGAUGACAAGAUUUCAGACAGUGACUUUGAGAGGUUCAAAGAGGAGACAAGAGACAAAGGGAUCCCAGAAGAAAAUAUUGUGAAUUUCAUCGAUAAUGGAGAAUGGAGAACCCAUUACAUCGCAGCCAGUAACAAAGAGACGAUCACGGAGAAUGGGCCAUUCCACAUUUACUUCCGUUAUGUUGAGUUUGAUGAAGAAGAUGACACAGUAGAGGCCGACUUUUAUUUAAACUUCUACCGAAGGACCAUGAGAGUCAACAAGAUGAAGGUUCUCCUGUUCGGUCUUGUCCUUGGUCUGCUUGCUGCCAGUCAAGGUGAAGCUGAGAUAGACGCCUCACAGGUACCAGGGGCAAUUGAAUGUGUUCUGAGCUUGGAAGGAGGUCCUGACGUGUAUCAAUAUGCGGGUCACAAUGAAUUUAGCAUCAUUAAUGGGGGCGAGAACGCUCUCAUAACAUAUAAUCUCAACGUGGAUGGACAUGGCAAGGAGACAAAAAUGGUGGGAUUAUUUGGCAAAGGAGAUGAUGUUGAUUCGCAAUGGGAAGAGGAGUUCAAAAACGCGGUGACAGAAAAUGGGAUUCCAGAAGAAAAUAUCCUGAAUUUCAUCCAUAAUGAUGAGGGCAAACAUGUAUUUGAAAUUGCUGAUGCAUCCAAAAAUGUUCUGGUAGCACACAACAAUGUCGAGGAACAUGACAAGAAGACAUUUUCGGUUAAACCAAAUAUUGAAGAAAAAGGCUUGCAAGAGUUCAAGAAGCUGAUGGAAGAGAAAGGGAUUGAUGAGAAAAAUAUCGUGAAUUUCAUUGAAAGUGAAGACAAGUCUCUGAUAAAGCCUGAAAUGGAUAAAGAACAGGAAACUGAAAUGGAGAAGGGUGGAAGAGAAGAUAUGGAUAUCAGUGAGCCUGCAGAGGAACUACAGGAAAAAGUUAAAUCAGCUCCAGAUCAGUUAACUGAAACCACUGAAGAGGGAAAGGGAGCAGCAGCACCAGAAGGACUGAAUGAAGCUGAAGUCACUUCUAAAAAGCCAGAUCAGGAAAUACCGGGUGCUGAGGAAGGAAAAUCAGUUUCUGGAACUGAUGUCCAAGAAAAGUGCAGAGAAAAAGGGGAUCAGGGAGAAGUAAUUGUGAGCAUAGGAAAACCAAAAGAAGCUUCAAAAGAACAACCUGUUGUGACUAUAAAGCAGGGCACUCCAGUGGAUAUAGAAGUAGUCAAGCCACUGGAUAUGGGUAGGGAUGAGCCAAAGGAGCAGGUAGCUGCCUCUGAAGGUGAGCCAGGAAAGGCUAUUCUUGAGCAGUUGGUAGGGCAAGAAUUGCCUUCUGCCGAAGAGUCACCAGAGGUGACAACACAGGCUGCAGAUGCCUCAGCUGCAGAAGCCAGAUCAGAAGUCUCUGAGAAGCCUAGAGGGCAGGGCACAGUUCUCUCUCAGGAUGGUGCAGUCAAUGGACUGUCAGCUGCAGGGGAUCAUGCCUCCACUCAACCACAAACUAAUGCAGAAGGACUGAUAGGAAAAAAAGAUGGCUCAGGACUAGAGAAGGUCAGGGAAGAGUUGGUCCCUAGCCAGGAGACUAAGCUGUCUGUAGAAGUGUCUGAAGCAGCCGGAGAUGGGGUGGAAACUGAGGUGGCCCAGGGGGCUACUGAGAAAUCCCCUGAAGACAAAGUUAAGAUAGCUGCUAAUGAAGAAGCACAAGACAAAGAAGAAAAGAUGAAAGAGGGGGAAGAAACCGAGAGCUCAGAAGAGGAGGAUAAAGAAAAUGACAAGGCUGAAGAAACACUAAAUGAUUCAGCUCUUGAAAACAAGUUCCUUCAAGAAAAUGAAGAGGAGGAGAUUGGGAACCUGGAGCUUGCCUGGGAUAUGCUGGAUUUAGCAAAGAUCAGUUUUAAAAGGUAAGACACGAAGGAGGCUCAGCUUUAUGCUGCACAGGCACAUCUUAAACUUGGAGAAGUUAGUGUUGAAUCUGAGAAUUACCUCCAAGCUGUGGAGGAGUUCCAGGCUUGCCUAAACCUGCAGGAACAGUAUCUGGAAGCCCAUGGUCGACUCCUUGCAGAGACUCACUACCAGCUGGGCUUGGCCUAUGGGUACAACUCUCAGUAUGAUGAAGUAGUAGCACAGGUCAGCAAAUCUAUUGAGGUCAUUGAGAAGAGAAUGGCUGUACUAAAUGAGCAGAUGAAGGAGGCUGAAGGAUCACCUACUGAAUAUGAGAAAGAAAUUGAGGAGCUGAAGGAGCUGCUCCCUGAAAUUAGAGAGAAGAUAGAAGAUGCAAAGGAGUCCCAGCAUAGUGGGAAUGUAGCUGAACUGGCUCUGAAAGCAACUCUGGUGGAGAGCUCUACUUCAGGUUUCACCCCUAGCGGAGGAAGCUCUUCAGUUUCCAUGAUUGCCAAUAGAAAGCCAACAGAUGGUGCUUCCUCAUCAAAUUAUGUUACUGAUAUUUCCCACCUUGUCAGAAAGAAGAGAAAACCAGAGGAAGAGAACCCCUGGAAAGAUGAUGCAAAGAAAGCCAAACAAGAGCCGGAGGUGAACGGAGGCAGUGGGGACACUAUUUCCAGUGGAACCAAAGUUUCCAAAAACAUGGAGGAGGAGGCUGAGAAUAAAGCUGAAAGCAGGGCAGCAGUGGAGGGGACAGUGGAGGCUAGAGCUACAGGUGAAAGCAUUGCAUUUUAA